AUGGGCAGCUCAAAUCCAACCAUUAAUGCAACUCUAUCUUUCUUCCUUAUUUUCUUGUCUCUCAAACUAUGCAACUCCAUUUUCUGCCCACAAAUUGAAAAACACUCACUACUAAGCUUCAAGCAGUCCUUGCAAGACCCCUACCAUCAUCUCUCUUCAUGGCAUGAUGAUGAUGGUGAAGUCAAUUGUUGCAAAUGGAAUGGUGUAAUCUGCAACAACUCAACUGGCCAUGUUCAUCAACUCCAUCUCCAUGGCUUCAACUUGAGUGGCCAAAUCAAUCCUUCUCUACUCAACCUCACACACUUGACUCGUCUCGACUUGAGCCUCAACGCCUUCAAACAAACAAUCCCUCCCUUUAUCGGUUCACUCACAAACCUCGAGCAUCUCAACCUCUCUUUUGCCGGAUUCCAUGGAGAGAUUCCCCACAACAUCGGGAAUCUUUCAUAUCUACGCAGUCUAGACUUGGCUGCCUUCCCAAACAUCGUCUCUGCAGGCCAUCUCAACUACUACCACAGCAUACACUUGGCUGGCUAUCCAGUGAUGGAAUUUGCAGCAGAUGUAAAGCAUCCAAACAUGCUACAUGUUGAUAGCCUUGAAUGGCUAUCGCGUCUUUCUCAACUGGAGCAUCUCAAUAUGAACUUCGUGAACCUCACGAAAGCAACAAAUUGGGCGCAGGUGAUCAAUAAAAUCCCUUCUUUGCAAAACCUUCAUUUCCAAAAUUGCAGCCUUGAUUACAUAUCUCCUCUAAAUCAUCUCAACAACACUUCCCUGACUCUCCUCGACCUCUCCUCCAACAACUUCCACUCCUUUGAGGUCCCAAAAUGGAUUCUCCGGCUCAACAAUCUUCGUUAUCUUGAUCUACGGAACAACUCUUUUGUAGGGCCGAUUCCAGCAAGCAGUAAUGCCACCAAACUCGAGUAUAUUGAUCUCUCUUUUAACUCUCUAAACUCCACAGUUCCAAGCUGGUUCAAUUCUUGCACAGAUUUGGAGUUUGUUGCUUUGGAUUUCAAUUUCCUAACUGGUGAAAUCCCAGCAGGAUUUACUAACUUGUGCAAGACAAGAAGGUUGUCCUUGUCCUACAAUAAUUUCCAAGGGAAAAUGUCUGAUUCAUUUGGAAAUAUGUCGGAAUGCUUCUUGGAAGCCUUGGAAGUCCUAGAUUUGCAGUUUAAUCAUCUCUCUGGUGAGCUGAUUGAUCAACUAGGAGAGUUUAAGAAUCUUCAAUAUUUCAAUCUUAACAAGAAUUUAGUAUCUGGUCCAAUCCCAGCAAACAUGGGGAAGUUGUUUUCUUUGAAAAUUUUGUCAUUGGGUGGUAACAACCUAACAGAGAAUCUUCCUAAUAGUUUGGGGCAGCUUUGGAAUCUUGAGAGAAUCUAUAUCUUUGACAACAAGCUGGAAGGAGUAGUGACUGAGAGCCUGUUUGCAAAUCUGACUAAACUCGAGCUUUUCUCAGCUUCUAGCAAUCAGUUGAGUUUAGAAGUGAGCCAAAGCUGGAUUCCCCCCUUCCAACUCAUUGCUCUUGGACUAGGAUCAUGGAACCUAGGCUCAAAGAUUCCUUCAUGGCUUGAGACGCAGAGGAAUCUUUCAGCCUAUCUUGAUCUGUCUAAUACUGGAAUCUCAGGCAGUGUUCCUAGAUGGUUCUGGGAGAUUCGCAUCUUGAAUCUCUCCCAUAACCAUCUCGGUGGCGAGUUUCCAGAUGUUCGUGGAGCUAGCUCUCAGUUUAUAUACUUGAGCGGCAACCAAUUCGAGGGCCCGUUGCCUCGAGUUGGAGAUUCUUUGAAGGAGCUGGAUCUCUCUGAUAACUCAUUCACUGGAGGCAUAGCUCACUUUCUAUGCGACGCGGCGUAUGAAACGUAUUCGUUGGAGAUUCUUCAUCUGGGAGAGAAUCUAUUGAGUGGGGAGUUACCAAAUUGUUGGAUGAAAUGGCCCUUCUUUGAGAUAUUUGAACAUAGGCAACAAUCAAAUUCAUUGAAUCUUGACAACAAUAGAUUCUCCGGGGAGAUUCCCUUUUCAAUGCAUAACUGCACCAAAUUAGUGAAGAUGGGGCUUGCAGACAACAAUCUUGGAGGGAAUAUACCGACGUGGAUAGGAACAAGCCUAGUCGAGCUGAGGAUUCUCAUCUUGCGCUCGAACAAUCUGAGUGGCCAAGUAUCUUCGGAGAUUUGCAAACUGAGCUCUCUCCAAAUAUUGGAUCUCUCCAGCAAUGAGCUCUCCGGCUUGAUCCCGAGGUGCAUUCGCAAUUUCACAGCAAUGGUUGAGAGGAGAAGUUUGCUUGAUCUGUUACAAACUGUACUGGGAAUGAGAAAUCAUGGUAUUCUUACUCUCAUUGACCUCUCAAUCAACAAUCUGUCCGGAGAUAUUCCAAAUGAGUUGACAAGUUUGUCGGAGCUGGGAUCGUUGAACUUGUCGGGGAAUCAUUUGACAGGUUUGAUGCCGGAGAAUAUUGGAGAAAUGAAGCAGUUGGAAUCUCUUGAUCUAUCAAGAAACUCUUUAUCUGGUCCAAUUCCGACCAGCCUUGCUCUCAUAUCUGGUUUGGGUUAUCUAGACUUGUCUUUCAAUAACUUGACGGGAAGGAUUCCGGAAAGCACGCAGCUGCAGAGCUUCAAUGCUUCGAGCUUCAUUGGUAACGAUCUUUGUGGGCCGCCGUUAGCGAGCAUGUGCAGUGAUGAAGGUGGUGGAGGAAAAGAGGAGAAUGAGAAAGAAGAGGCAGAGGUUGAUUGGUUUUAUGUGUUUCUAUCUUUAGGUUAUGCAGUGGGAUUUUCAAUGGUUUGCACUGCUUUAGCGUUGAAGAAGAAGUGGAGAGAUGCCUAUUUUGGGUUGGUAGAGAGGAUGUGGAGAAGCCUCACAACAACACCUACAUAG